AUGGAGCAGGCAAGAUUGCAAGCCUACUAUGACAACUUUCCAAAUAUUGAUGACGCUACAAGUAGCACAGGAUUAGACAUAAUGGAAGCUAUAGAAUUUACGCAAUCAAUAUUACGCACAUUACCAUCCGGAAACGUUACUGAACGAAGUACUAUGUGCCAUGUAUUGACCAACUUGUUCGCGAAUCAAAAUAUGCAAUGUUUAUUUUUUGAUUCUGCUCAUGGUAAAAACCUUCAUGAUGCAUCCAGAAAUUUGGCUGAAAUCGACUUAGAAGAUAGACCAUUUGUGUUGAAGUUAAACAGCAGUGAAGGGCUAAGAGGAAAUAUGCAACCAAAAACUGAAAAUGGUGUGAUAAAACUAGCUCGAAUAUUAAGCAAUGCAAUUAACCAAAAUCAAUCUCAUCCACUUAUGGAAGACAUCCGCAAAAGGUUAGCAAAAGCACAUAACAUUAGUAGAAAAGAUAUUAAUUUUAAAACCGUUUACGUUGGAUCUUUUAAUGUGGUUUAUACAUUGAAAAAUUCGACAAAUAUUUCUGUAGAGUCGCUCGUAAAAGUUCGAGAAAAACUAAAAAAUCAAUUUGAAGAAUUUAUAAGCUCGAAAAUUCAUCCGUUAUUCUAUCGCCCAUCAUUUGAUAUUUCAUUUUUUGAUGAACGUGGUAAUAAAACGUUUCCCUCUAAAGCCGAAAUUCACGAAGUUGGCCCACCUGGCUGCACUGAGAAGUAUUUUCAACCCGCUAAAUGGACUAGAUAUGGAUUAAACGUUAUUGGUAAAUAUGAAGACGGUGAUACUUGGCUGGAUCCAUUUCUCCAUCCUGGAAACUGGUACAGAGCUUUUCAUGGAACUGGAAAUGCAAGAAGUGAAGAUUUUGGUCAUUUGGAUCAGUGUUUUGACGACAAAUAUGCACCUGUCAAUGCCCUUGCAAAUAUCUACGAGAACGGGUUUAAUAAAGCAAGAAUCGCUGUUUACGGAGCCGGCGUUUACUGUUCUCCAAAUCCUAAGAUUCCUGAAAAGCAAUUUACCAAAGCCGUGGACGUGAACACACAGCUAGGGAAGAAAAAAUUUAAAUGCAUGCUUCAGGUAGCGGUGAAUCCCAAUGGUGUUCGGUUUGUUAAGCAAGCGGAUAUAUGGGUCGUACCCAAUCCUCAAGAUAUUCGACCUUAUGGCAUACUAAUUAAGGAAGUUUGA